GGUAAUCAGGCGAGCAGGUUACUCAAGGAGGAGGAAUUCAAUGGACCUGAAACAAGAGACAAAUGUGAGUAUCAAAAUAAAAAAAGAAAACACAAAUUCAACUCCAACUUUAUUUUUUUUUAUUUAACUUUAUUUUCAUGGCACUUUUCAGACAAAAAAUGCAGUUCAAAGUGCCUCACAGACGCUAAAAACAACAAUGAGCAACAAUAAAACCCGAAUCUGUGUGAAAUAACAAUUUGAUGCAUGCCUUGUGUUGAAACUAUGACCAUUACGACUGAACAGCAAUUGAUUAAACAAAACAUUUGGCCUUUUAUACACUAAAAUUUGUCUGAAGACGGAAAGCAGGGACACAGUAACCCUCUCUUUCACCACUGUCCAGCCACUGUUGAAUACAGUGGGUUGUUCUGUCUUCCUUCCAGUGUUUUCCCCCUAUUUUAUACCAAAGCCGAGCCUUCAAACAGUUAUUUAAAUGUCAAAAGUCCAUGUAGCAGCAUGCAAGAUUGUGUCCCGCCUCCUUGCUUAGUAUUGGCUCUGAGUAUGACAAUUUGACCAAUCAUCUCAAGCGACUUCAUUGAUCAUGUUUUGUCGCCGACCAAUGAGACUCAACCAGGAAGGAAGACUAAACAACACAUGCAUUUUAUACCAAAACAUUUCUUUGAAUUCACGAAGACAGUGUCAACAUGGAGGUCUGUUUUCAUGUCUCAUAAGAAGUAUGUGUCUGUCUUUAAUCAGCGUAUUUUUUAACGGGUUUUGGGUGCAAUUGAGUUGCGAAACACCCUUAUCGGCGUCCGGGUAAAGUUCAGCCGCACUGCUAACAACAUGGAGGUAAAGGAGGUAGAGAGAACUUGCUGUGUAGUCAAAGUGUUUGAGGAUUUCUCAUCGAAGAAACCCGUGAGCUGCAGCGGGGUCAUCGUCCAUCCUCAGAGCGGGGCUGUGAUAUGCACCGGACUCCUUUUUUCCCGUUUGAUCAACAACAACAGAGACCCACUUUCCAAAGACCACAGGUUUCUACCUCCACGCAGCUUCAGUGACAAACUCCAAAUCCGAGUCAGCUUUUCUGCAGAGCGAGAUCUGGACCCCAGCCAGUCUGGAGAAGCAUUGUCACCCUCCAAAAACAAAACAACAACCCAGCAGAGGGAGGUUGCAGCUGAGUUGUUGAUGCUGGUGAACUGCCUGGAGUUCAACCAGGCUUUCCAGGCACUUUUCCAGGAGGCUGAUCAGUGGCGUUUCUACUCUGAAGAAGAAGAUGAGCAGCUUAUUAGAGAUGCACAGUUCCUCAGCUGGUUUGCCAUACUUAAAGCAAGUGAGAUAGCAGACAGCAGUCAAGGUUUCUGUGCAGUUCCCUGGCAGAGCAGCACAUGCCUCCAGAAAGGAUCCCCCGUGGUUGCAUGUGGGUCACCUUUCGGCUCCCUUUGCAUGGACCUCUUCAUCAGCACCCUCAGCAGAGGCAUCAUCAGCAACCUCGCCGGAGAGGACAACGCAGUCAUCCUCACAGAUGCCCGCUGUUUGCCAGGCACAGAAGGAGGAGGGUUGUUUUCGGUGGAAGGUGUGAACGAUGUUAGUCUGGUAGGACUCAUCGUGUCUCCGUUUGGUUGGAAAGCGAACGAGUGGAUAGGUCUCACACUAGUCUGCUCUAUCCACCUGAUCUUUGAGAACAUCAUCAGCUGCAUGAGCGUCCAAGAUCCACUCAGAGAUGUUUGGCUCCACGGUGGGGAAGCAGGCCUUCAGAUGGCCGUCACAGCCCAGGAGUCAAAGGCUGGGAAAUACCCCACGGUGUGCCUUGUGGACAGUGGACAGUUCUGGGGCUCAGGGGUUGUUGUCACCCCUCAGAUGGUUGUGACCUGCCGGCAUGUCGUCAAUGGAAAGUCAACAGUCAACCUGAAGUUUCAUCACAAGGACAGGUGAGAGCACACAGAAAAUCUCUUUGAGCUUGAACUAUGAAUUUAGGUUUUCUCUAAACCCACCUGUGCUGUUCAGAAAGGAAUCUGUGGUUGAUUAGAAACCACAUAAAACAUUUUUAACAUGCAAAUAAAGGGACACAGUUAUGUUCAACUUAGGCAUCCCUGUGAGCUAGCUGGUAGGCCAUCACGCGCAUCAUAAAGGGAUAUUUCGGCGUAAAAUUAAUUUAGGGACAAACACCAGAACACCGAGUUAGACAUCCAUCGAGGGAUGAAUGUUGCAGACCGCUUCUCUAGUUAUACCAACUUUAGUAACGACCGCAUGAUAGCAAUACACAGCGGUCUGAGGAGCCAUAAACAAACCUCAACCAUAAAGCCACUCUAUAGCCACAAAUAAUGCUCAGAACAACACCUAACUUCAUCAACAGUACAUAUAGGGUCCCAGCCACAGCACUAGCCACCAAACAUAUUUUUAGCUUUGCCUGAUUUCUUUAGCAGAGAGACUAAACACAACUCACCCACUCUUUUCCAGCAGCCACUUGUUUGUAGCGAGACCUCCAGGCCAGUCCAUUACAGACUGCUGCAGGGUUGUAGUGUAUUAUUUGUGGUUAUAGUGUGGCUUUUUGUUUGAGCUUGUAGCUUUGUGUAUUGCUAUCCUGCGGUCGUUGCUGAAGUUGGUAUAACUAGAGAACAAGCGGUUGGCAACAUUCAUCUCUUGAUGGGGUGUCUAACUCAGUGUUUGACCCUAAAUUAAUUUUACACCUGAAUAUCCCUUUACCACUUAACACAGCAUAACAAUGCCUGUUUUUAAGAUAUUUUCAGUUUACCUCAAACUUCAACCAAAUUUAUCAGAUUUUUAUGGGCAUACUUUACAACACCUUUCAUAGCCUUUUAUUUUUUCCAAAACUCAAUCAUACAAAGAAAAUGCAAUUACCAUAUUUUAAGAAUUUUAAAAGAUAGUUUCCAGGGGAUUGAGACAGAAAAUCUCUUUAGAUUAUUAGGGUGUUAGAAUGAGUUUCAGGUAUCAUUACUGUUUAAUUUCAGAUAAAACUCAUUUCCUUGAAUAGUCUUCUUCAGCCUUGAUUUUAGCCCCACACCUGUUUCCUCUUAUUCUACCUGAUUAGACUAUUUGCAUAAGUGCGUUGUUUGAUGUCUUUAUCACUGGGCAGAAACUUCAAAUAUCUUCAACCUGACUGGAGGUUCAGUGGGCUAGAAUAAUUAAAAUUCUCUCCUACUAAAGUGUGAAGUGAUUUUAAACUUAAAGUGAAGAUCACGUAAUGUCUACUGCUGUUUUGACUUUCUCACAGAGUCCAUGAUAUGGUGGGAGAUGUUCUCUUUUCCACUGAAGCAUCAUCACCAUAUGAUUUGGCUUUGGUGCAGAUGAGAGACUGUGUUAUAAAGUCUGUGGCUCCUCAAAUGGCUCAGAGAUUUCAUCCAGGUUUGUUUGUUGUCCCUCGGUAAAACAUUUUCAUGUUUUGUAUUUCGUGCCAAAUGAGAUCAGUAUCUUAACUCAUGAUGAAUGUUUGGUGUCUCUGUCUGCAGGCGAAUCUGUAGUUGUAGUGGGAUAUGGAGGAUUGGGUCGAAAAAGCGGUCCAUCCCUGACCAGCGGCGUCCUAUCCAAAGCUAUUCUAUUGAAUGACCAGCCUGUCAUGCUUCAGACUACAUGUGCAGUACAAGCAGGGACUAGCGGGGGCGCUGUUGUACGGAAACACUCAGGAGAGCUGCUGGGUAAGAAACCCUGCAACUCUAGAGUCAUGUACUCCUUUUGAUCAGUGGGGGCCAUAAGAUGACCACGGAUAGCUUUGCCACAUAAACAUUAUGUUGUCCAUUGUGAAGCCCUUUGUUUACCUGUACUGAAAAGUGCUAGACACAUAAAGAACUAUAUUUUUAAUUAUUAUGUAGAGAAAAGGCAGCUAUUCACAGCUUAUGACCCUCCUUACGCUGCUUUAUUUGCAAUUUUAAUGAUAAUUACGAUCAUUUUGUUUUUGCAGGUAUAGUGUCCAGCAACACAAGGGACAUGGCUUCCAAAGUGACCUACCCUCACCUCAACUUUAGCAUCCCAGUGACCGUUUUCCAGAGACUCAUAGAGGAUUUUCACCAGACAGGGGAAGUUAAUGCGUUCAGAGUGCUGGACACUGCAGAUAAAGAAGUCAGAAGAGUGUGGAGACUGCAGGGUGCUCCGAGCAAACUGUAACAGAGGUUCGUGGUAGAGGGAAAUACUGCGUGCUUAACUCAAAAUGGACUUUUUACAAAAUCCCAUUAGAUGUGCAACUUUUUAAAGAAAACCAUUAUUUUCUUAUAAGCUAAUAUGUUUCAUACCUCACUUUGUUACAGACACGGGCACUAAGUUAAAGAUCUAGGGGAGUAAAUGUAGCUCUGACAAAAAUCAUUAAUUCUUAAUGUUGAUACCCAGAAUCUUGCAGUAAACAGUGUUAAAUAUUUAUAGACCACUUUACUUUGACUGUAAGUCUAAGUAACUAUGAAGUGUAAUUUACAAGAAUACAAUUAAACCAAUGAUGCUGAAUUUUCUGCUGAUAUGUCAGCACGCCCCUGGCGAAUUUGUGUUUCAAAGUCAUCACAAAUUCCUCACAUAACAAAACAAAAAUAUCAAAGACACAUAGAUGUGGUCAGAGCUCCUGAUAAGAGACCAAUUAUUUUUAGUUAUCCUGGUAUAAAGUCAAAGCAUCAGACAAAAAGAUGGCCUCAGGUUUCACGUCAGAGAAAGCAUCAAGAAAAAGGAGACAUUUUUCCCUGGAAGCAUGUGUUAGACUUUUCUGUCAGGAUUUACACCUGCUCCUGUUACAUAUGGCUCAUUUUUCGACCAAGCUGGAGAGAUAUUCAGUGUAAUAGGCUGACAGGUUGCUGGAAAUGAUUGGUCCCCUUGGGUAGCCAAAGACUUGCUGUCAGUAUCAGGUAUUCAUACAUCUGUUGGCAGGCAAACCUGCUCACUGCUAACACAUUUAAGCAUUUAUCUGCAGGGAUAUUCUUGGUUCUAAUUUCAGUUAGAAAGUGAAAUGUGAAACUAAAAAUGACGUUUCAGGGGACUGGUUACUGACAGUUUUUACAAUCCGAAGACAAGCUUUCUUGGCCAGAGCUCCGAAAGAGACACAUCUGUAACAUACUGAGAGGUUUCUAUUUCACUCUUCCCAGACUGAAUAAUUCACAGUGGAGAGGCUGGAGCAAUGUCCCGAGGAGGCUGAGGAGAGAGUUUUCUAUAGGCAUUGUGCUGGUAGAAGUGCUGAUAUGCAGACUUGGGUCUGUAUCUCAUUUCAGCUGGUUUCCCAAAGCUAUGAGCUGCACUCCACUGCAGAAUGAGGUAAGGCAGGAGUCGAAGCGAGCUGACAUAAGAGGUGCCCUGCAGAGAGGACUGUAAAUCGCAAAGAUAAGACUUGUGUCUGUAAAAUCAUUGUUUUUAGAUAGCCUGCCAAAGGGGGCAACACCCUAUUUAUCAUGUGUAUCCUGAAUAUAUCAGAAUCUAAGAAACAUUUGACUAGGCUGAAACCUUUUUUUUUAUGGAGACAGCUUACAACGCCAAAAUGAUGAUGCCUGAUCCAGAAGUACAAAAGUACCCCAAAACUUGGAGAUUUUCUUUGCAGCUGCAGUAAGACUCAGAAGUGUUUUAUUAAGGCUUAUUAAAACCUCAGCUAUAAAGAAUAAUACACAUGCUUUCAUUCUGUGGGCAAAUCAGUGACCUACUUGGAGUUUGUGUAUCAUGAAUGCAGAGAUGCUUAAGGGACAUUGGUGUAGUGGUUUAAUUAGAGCCGGAGCAUGACUCCACUAUGGCUGAUAUCAUCUAUUUUACUUCAUACAGACCUAUUGGUACUUUGGUAAGAAUUACAGAUUACUGAAUGGAAAAUAUAAGCCAUUGUCAGGUUGAGUAUGAGAUGGAGAUUUUAUAUCUAGUGGUCAACCUACAAAUAGGAAUAUGACAGAAAGCCACAUGGCCAACCUGGUUAAAAAUAUGAGAUAAUUUCAAAUAUGUUUUUACAAAAACGUUAAUGGAUAAAGAUGAUUUUGAUUCCUGUAGAGCUGACCCUAUCUCAUCUGACCUCUGGGAUGAACUAUGAUCAUGCCAGUCGUACUUCAAGGGACACACAGAAACACCAAGUUAGACACCCCCUCGAGAGAUGAAUGUUGUCGACCGCUUGCUUCUCUAGUUAUACCAACUUUAGUAACAACCACAGGAUAGCAAUACACAGCGGUCUGAGGAGCCAUAAACAAACCUCAACGAAAAACACCACUCUAUAGCCACAAACAAAGCUCAGAACAGCACCUAACUUCAUCAACAGUACAUAUAGGGUCCUAACCACAGUACUAGCCACCAAACAUCUUUUUAACUUUGCCUAAUUUCUUUAGCAAAGAGACUAAACUCAACUCACCUACUCUCUUCCAGCAGCAACUUGUUUGUAGCGAGACCUCAGGCCAGUCCAUUACGGACUGCUGCGGGGUGACGCAGGUCAAGGAAGAACAUUUAUGACCAGUUCUUUAUCAUUCCCUUGAAGUAAUAAUCACCAUAUUAAUCAUUUUUCACUGCAGAUGCGGUAGUUCUUCUGCUUUAGCAUCUUGGUCUGAUUGCAUUUCCUUCAAGAAAUGUGGCUAUAGAGUGGCGUUUUCGUUGAGGUUUGUUUAUGGCUCUUCAGACCGUUGUGUAUCGCUACUGUGCGGUUGUUACUAAAGUUGGUAUAACUAGAGAAGCAAGCGGUUGGCAACAUUCAUCUCUUGAUGGGGUGUCUGACUCGUGUUGCGGUGUGUUUGACCCUGAAUUAAUUUCACACUGGAAUAUCCCUAUAAACUUUUCAGCUGAGGCCAUUGACCUGUCAAACUUUGACUUUGUCCCUUCUCAUAUGCAGUUUGGCUUUGUAGCUGAAGCAAUGUUGCAUUAGUAUUUAGCUCAAAGAACCACAAAUCCAUAGAGCUGUUUACAUGACUAGUUGCACAUAAUUUAGACGUCAAUUUCAGCCUCAAAAAGUGAGCCUAAGUGGUUAAAAUGCAAAGAAGACAAAAGCACAGACACAGAUGUACGGUAGCCAGCUGGGCCACAUAGACCAGUUUGUUUUAUUUUUUUAAUAAACACAAUAAUUGAUCCACAUCAUGAUACGAUAUACACUUGUCAACCAAGCAGCAUACUCUGCUAGUCUUUCAAGGCAUUGAUAACAGGACUAAUAGGUGACAAUCUGUCUUCUGAUACACACGUUAUUUACAAGCUAAAGAGUGAUGCGUGAGAAACUUUUUUUUUUCCAAUAAGUCAUGAAUGAGACAGAGCACUACUGUCACAUAUGAGCUGAAGCGUAUGACAUGAAAACGGUAAAGUUAAAGGGUGUUUUUCAAUAUUCCAAUAUGGCUUCUUCUCUCUAUCCUCUGCCGUCUGACUUGAAUCGAAGCUGGUUAUCUGACUGUUCUUUAGUCUGCAGAAAGUAAAUGAUGAAAGAAGCCAAUCUGGAGUAUUGAAACGCACCCAGAUCUUUCUCCUUUUUUUUAUGCAAGCACCUGCAACUGCUUAAAAGUCUCCAUAAUGUAUCAGCUAAAACUGCUCAAAGAUCGUUCAAAGGACAUACAACAGAAGAAAACAUAGAUUCACAAGUAUGGGGGACAAAAUUCUUGACUCCAGACCCAUAAUAUCUUAAUAGUGAUAUUUCCCCUCCCUUGCCCGUUUAAAGAACAUCCUAUAACAUUAAAUACUCCCACAAGAUAUGCAUCUUCCCUCUCCGAACCUGUACAACCCUCACUAGCUUUUUCUUCAGCCUGUUUUGUUCUGAGUGUGUCACCUCCACCACGUCUGUCUCUUUGAGGAUCUGUAUGUGUGUUUGUGUGUUUAGGACCAUCAAGAUGCUCUUUUAGAGAGACUGGACUGCCUUAUUGACUUCUACCAGAUAUAGCCCCCAUCAUCCACCUCUCCUACUUCUCCUUCUUCCUCUUCUGCCUCCUCUGUAGUCUCCUCAGCUUCUUUCUCCUCCUCGUCUUCCCAUCCGACCCCGCUGCCAAAAUCACCUGAAUAUGCCAUUUCAUCAUCUGCGGAGAAAAAAAAAAACACAUGCAGGGGAAAGGGGAUCCAAGAGGAUUGAAUUAUCCACAGUGGCCAUCUUGUAUAGUGCAAUAAAUUCUGUUCAGCAUGUCUCCCUCUCAUUUUUAAAAGAGUCCAAUGAGAAAUGCUGAAAUCAAUUUAAAAACAUCGACUGCAAAGGCAAAAAAGGGGAAUGUGUUUGACUUUGUCUGGAUUUUAAUAGCUAUUUCUAAACCUUGCCAGGGGACUCAUUCUUAUCAGCCGCAGGUUCAGUCCAACCAGUCCUCAUUUAUCUUGAAAGACUUUUCUCACAGCGACAGGCGGCUCUUUAGAAUGCAAAUGACUCCGGACACAUGAAUGUGGCACUGGUCCCUGCAGUGAGUUAUGUUGCAUUGGGCCUCAGUCCUUUAACAUAAAGGAAGCCUUGUGCAGAAUGCAUGUGGGGGUGCUGUGGGGAAGUGGGCCAAUUCACAGCAGACAUUUUGAGUGUUUUUCCCUCUUCCUACAUUCAGCUUUCAACUUCAAAUUGUGUUCUUAUAUGCCGAUAGCUAAAACCUGUGGGAUUUACCGCAAUCUGGCUUGCCACGGAUCCUGGAUCCGGCCACCUCUCCUCCGUUUUGGUCGACACACCAGCAUUCUCCCCUCUCACACUGCUGCUUUCUGUAGUAGCCGUCCUCGUCGCAGCUGGGGAUGAAUCGACCUGGCAUCCACGCAGAAUAAACACAAAUAAACAAGAGUGAGGUAUGGCAAAGCGACCUUAUCUUGCAUACCACGCAAUCUCCCCAAAGUCCAUGAUUCAUGCCUCAUUGCACAUGGCACCGAGCCCAAGUGAGGAUGUAAUGCAUGCAGCAUAUGUGGCAGCCAAUUCAGUAUUCCAUGAAUACAAAUAUGUUCAUGGUGCAACAUGGGGGUGAAUAAGUAUUAAGUCAGCAUAUUGCAGCAUACUGGGGUGCUGUAGGGGUGUGAGGGGGAGGUAGGUAGCUAAUCAUUGAGGGAGAUACAAGAUUGGAAAGUUUUCAAUUUAACAACAGUUGCAUUAAUAUGAAAUACAUCUUGUGUUCAUGUAUCGAAGUGUGAAAAGGAAGGAAAAGGACAGAACAUACUGCAGCUGCAUUCAUUAAAUCACAGAGGAAAAACUUAACCUUGUAGGCUAUCAAACUGUCAUGCUCUUCACAGAUGAAUGGCUUUGUAACGAUGUAAAUUAUUAAAAACGCUGCUUUCAUAAUUGUGCAAAAAAGAAAAGCAAAUAGGCCAGGGCCAAACAGAACUGUCUGUCCAGUCCUUCAGGGAGCAUCUAAGCAUGAGGCUGGCGGACUGCCCCCUCUUCGCCACUCUGUGUCCUUGGAGAGUCCUGACUCACAACCCAGUCAGCGAGCCAAAGUCUGCAGUGCGCACAUGCUAGCAAACACAUGCCCAAACACACACAUUCACAUAUUUCCUUGCUCAUACAUGUAUGACACAGUGAUGGCUGUUUUUCUUUUGCCGUCUGUCAGUAUCAAGUCCUAAUCCACAAGACUGAUCAGACACUAAUCCCUGCCUCCUGCUUGUCAUCUGCUCCACGAAACCCGUCAACCAGGAAAGACAGAUUCAUUUGGGCUGAAAUGCUCUUAUGAAAAGUAAGAUACAUACCGAACUUUCUCUUCCCGCCAUCUAGGACUUGGAUCCGCUCAAGCUCAGCAAGACAGGGUGGCUCUUAAAAGAACAGAAAGCAAUAUUUCACGAGAGGGAAUAAAGAAACGGACACACCCUAAGGCAGAACUAGGCACAAAACAAGGUUACAACAACCUACAGUCUUGUAAACACAAUUAACCAUGGGCACAUGUUGCCCAUUCAUCCUAAACAUCAAACUCAGGGCGAGGGGCUUAGAUGGUAUCAUAAUGUAAGGACUUCUCUGACAAAUCCUUUAAUUUCUUGAUAGAUGAGACACUACGAAGACAUCAAACAGAGUGACAGGGUCGUUUAUCAAAGCAAAUUUAAUAUCCCAUUGACUAAAAUAAAUAGAGUUAUACAGUUUUAGGCUUACAUUUGUUAGCUAGAAGGUGUGAAAUUGCUUAGCAGUCACCAAUUUCUGGUUUACAUUUUGUAGCUGGAAGUAGCCAAGUCCUAAAUUUUUUGAUAAAAGACACAAAUAUUACAAAGAUAAAGACCUGAAGGACAACUUGGGAAGAGUCAUUGCGUCGGAUCUCUUAAAUGACAAUGGAAAGUUGCAAAAUCACAUCGGGCUUGAUGUGUAUAGUCAUGUGUAUAGCGUUCUAUAUUUGUGUCGGCGCCGGUGUGUAAGGAUCUUACCUGAGUAUAACAUCAGAAUAAGAGAAUAAAGUCAACCGAUAGUGAAAAUUGAGACAUUUCCUUGUUAACAAUGAGCAAUUUUAAAUCUCCUGCUAUGGACUCCUAUUUAACAAAUAAAGUACUUGAGUUUGGAUCCCUCACAAAGUUUUUGCUUAGCUAGUUGGCUGACAGGCAAAAUCUCUGACAACUGUGAGAAAAUCGGGCAGUCAACCAGCAGCAGGAAUGUUUCCAGUUCCUUGCGAUGACAGUUUUGAACCCAAAGGGGAAUAGGGGGAUGAGUAGGAAGACAAAUAGUGACAGACCAGACACCAGUAUAUUGGUAAAAGACCUCAAAACAAAUGAAAAGCCCAGAAUACUCACUCUCUCUCCAGAAACACAGACACCACUCAGCCGUAGAAACUUUUCCGUCUUUGUACGAGUCACAAGAGUUGAAGAAAGGUCGGAUGCAGACCUCGUACUUGUCCAGGUUGAUGGCGGCCAGCUCGGCCUGGUCCAGAUACAGGUCCCCGUUGGUGUCCAACUUGGAAAACAUCCAGCCUAUUGAGUCCUUACAGCUGGCCACCAGGCUCCUUUCCAGCACUGCAAACACAAAGAAAGACAAACAAGCAUUCAUUUUUUAUCAGGGGACAGCUGUACAAAUGGAAAAUGAAACCAUGCCAGUCUCCAGUGUCCAAUGCAAAUCCUCCAUUAUUUUCUUAAUAAUGUUACUAGUUUAAAAAGCAUUUUCUCUCUGAAGACAGGAUUUAGCAUUUAUUACUAUCUCCCAUCUACACUGACAAGUUUUGAUAAGAUUUGGUGCUUGACAACUGCUGGCUUUUCAUCAUUCUUGAACGCAUUUCUCUGUUUCUUUGAGGCAGACUCGUCCUAGUGGGGGACAGAGUAUUAUCCUGAUCAGUUAGGAUAAAAGUUUUUGAGUUUGUAGACCUUCAGACGGUUUUUGAAUAUUCUCUGGAAAUCGAGCAGUUUAUUGCAAAGAAGGGAUGCUGAAAACGUGAUGGGCUUACAGCAUAAGCAUGAACAUUAAAGGUGUGGUAGGCAGGAUCUGACGAAGUGCCAGUUUUUGGGAGAAAUCUUGAAUGAAAACACUACCCCUCCCAACCAGUUCCUCCUCCCCCCUCCCUCUCUGCUCCAGCAAGCCCCGCCCACAAACAGACGCGCGUGCUCGCUCGUACUGUUCCAAUUAAAUUCAGAUAUAAUGCAGAUGAAUACUUCAGAUAAUAACAAAUGGGGCCCAGUUAACAUGAAAAUAAAGAGCAUUGGUGCUACUGUAGAUGCCAACAGACUACCAGCAAACACAAUGUUUGCAGGACUUCUAAAAUUAGGAUAAAGUGACAUAGUCCAGGACCCAAGGUCAACAGUUUAGCGGUGCUACAACAUGCAACAAGAAACACUUCUGUUACAGACACUUGGCUUACUUUGUUAAAGCGGUUUACCUGUCCAGCAGAAAAGUUACACGGUCCGUAAGAUCCCAAAGCGCCCCCUAUCAUUUCAUGUUGACCUGGCUUUUUAGCUCUUAUCCCGUCUACCUCCGUUUUAAGCGCCCAUUGUUCCGUCAGGGUCUCCGGUAUUUAGUUCAUUUUCUUGCUUGUGUUGGCAGUUGUGGCCAAAGGAGGAUUCAGACAAUUUUCCGUACUUUCUGGUUGGUUUCUACUGUCCUAUAUUGUAGCACGCUAACUUUUGUUUGUUAUUCGUGGAGUGUGCCUCACAACAUGAGGAAGCAGCAUCCGCCUCACAACCAAUCAGGUUGGGGGAGGCAGAGAAUGGCUUUGUUUACAGUCAGAAAGAGCGGGCUACUCAAAAAUUUUAAAAUGUUGACUACACAGACGUAACAAAACACAGCGAUAUCAUUAUAUUCCCAAAUGUCAUCAAUAACUAAUAGCUAUUGACUGAUAUUAAAAGCUUUUUUGUAUAUACACCACAAAAAAAGAUGCUUCCUUCCUACACCACCUUUAAUUUGAGAGAAUUUUUAGACAUAGCAUUGUAUUACUGUUGCUUUGUGUAAUAUUAUCAUUUUUAGUUAUUUCUGAGGCACAAAUGGGUGUUUACAACGAUACCCUCUUUGAGCUUUCAGCCGUAUUAUAAUCCCCACGUCAACAGUAGCUCCAAGGCGACAACAUUCAUUGUCUACUGAGAUACAUUGUACUACAAGGUUUCACAGCUUAUUGAGACACUUUUUUUGUAGUCGACUGCCUGUCACAAAAGAACUGUUACCCUCAGAGCAGUGAGGAUUAAUACAGUGUUAGCUCUAACCCGAAGUGGUGCCGGCUCCUGUGGUUCUUGCCCCGGGCUUGCUAUUGUUGUUUUGCUUGGCAUUGGUCUGCAGGAGCUGGAACCAGUCCCUCAGACGCUCACCGAGAUCUGCCAGAUCCUGUCCGGUGCAGCUCUCUGUGGAUACCAAAAACAAAGGAAGAAGAUGUUUUAUGAUGUGCUUUCCGUAUAAAUCAUGUGUGAUGCAGAGAUGCAGAAUUUAAACACCGAUGACGCCUGGUAUUGCAAUGAUAACCAGUGAAUAAUCAUAAAUGUGUUUACUUCUGCCAUGUGUCUGAUUUUACCAUGUUUACUGUCUUUGGACGGAGGGGCAGCUGUUGGACAAGGACACAGACCCGAACACUUCAGGGUAAGCUCCUUCCCAGUCAGACAUGCCUGCUGCUCAAGCUUGCACUGCAACACAAAAACAAACACCGAUGAGCACAUCCACAUGCACACACACACACAGCAGUAGCAUCGGCAAGGGGACACAAAGGUGAGAAAAAAUGACUUAUUACUGCAACACAGAUCAAAUAUUCAUGAGGUGACCGACUGUACGCCUUAAUUCAUAUCCAAGUCUUGCUCCUGAAUAUUUUCUCCAACCUCUGCCUGCACGCAAGGUCAGGAAUAGCGAUCCAAAAGACAAAGCAUAAAUCAAUAAACACAUGGGUUUCUGUCACCACAAACUACCAAUUGGUCUUCGUGAGGCCAUGUAUCAUGGAUCUUUGUCUCCUUUUCCCCCUCGAGACUCCCCUCACACUGCUACCCCCUGCAUGUGCGAGGUGUGUGUCACUCCCCCGCAAGCCGUAGUACAUUAUGUCUUCACGUACAAACUCGAGUCAAAGCUGUGAAGACGGUACUAGCACCUGAGUGAUGCACAUAUUAUUCUACAUCUGUUCUCAAUAGUGGGAGUCUGUCAGUAUAACCUGCGUUUGUUAAUGUCAAGAUGAUUUGACUAGCUUAACAUAUGCUAUUCCAAGGCAUGUAGCGCAUACACUGUGAGAAGCUGAAUCUACACCUACAUGAGCAUAAUUUUCACUCUUCAGGCGGAUGCGGUACACUUUCACUGCCAAUGAUUUGCACCCUCCACCUACACCCAGUGAUUAUUCCCACUGACGCUUACUUUCUUUUUCGAGAAAUGCACAGAUUCAUUACACUGAUUAAGCCCACGGAAAUAUACAUACUUUUCUCUAAACCUAAAGCUGCUGUACAUCGUAUGUGUAAUUUAACUGCUGCGCCAAACUGGCAACACAUUAUAUUGCUGGAAAAUAAAUUCGAUCUUCUUCUAAACAGUUCAUGCUCUUGGCAGAAAAUGUGAUUUAUCACCUGAAUAUUGGUUGUUUUGUGUAUCUACACAGCAGCAGACUCACUUCCCGAGGUAGCUAUAUUGUACCAAUAUUCCUGUGUAGUACAGAACAUGCAAACUUAAGAACAUACACGUUUUUGGAUAGAAUAAGUAGCUGCACCAGUGAAGAGAGUGGUUUUUGAGCACCAAAAUUUAUAAUCAUGCAUAUUUUUGAAGGUAAAAUCUUAACAAGUGGAGGAUCCUACUUAUCAUGCAUCACCGCAGCUUCUUGUCCUCGAAGGCCACAGUCACUUUGGGGAGUGUUUUUGUUUUGAACUAGAAUCUUUGAACAACAUUCUCUUGUCUAUCUUCUGUACCUCUAAUUUGUGGUUUUGGGCACUCAAAAUCCAACAUCAUCUUGGCAAAGUCAACAUCCUUUUUUUUUUAUUAGUGGCAGAUGUCGGCCCAGCUUUGUGUUUCAGACAGAUAUGUGAUUUUUAUGCACAACAGAAAUGCCCAGCCAAU